GUGGCUUGCUCGCUUCGUCUGGUGGCUUCACACUUACACCCAACUUACACCCAACUCUUCAUACACACCUCUGCAUACUACAUCCCCGGCCUGAGGGUUACCUAGCUGCGCAACCGUACCACGAUACACGGCAACGGACGUGGCAAUUCACGCCGUCUCUCUUGAAGUUGUUCGCCUUCAGUCUUUCCGACUUCAUCGUCCAUCUCGCCAAGCCCGGACUUCGCAUGAUAGCGUAUCCAUCACCUUACAAGGUCUAGCCUCCCGACGACUAUCCCGUUUCCCGGGACUCUUCCCCCCAUUUCUCUAUAUCCAUAGCAAUCGACGUAUAGUGUCACCAAAGAUCUGCUGGUGGCCCUUAAAAUUGUUGUGGGAUUCGUCAUGGACGCAGGUGUUAUGCAGGACAUUGACGUUUAUCCUGCUGGUAACGACAAGACCUUUGAAACAUUCUUCGAUCAAUCUACAGACUACUCGCAGCAACUAUCAUCCAUCAGCUUCUGGGACGAACUCGAUAGGUCAGCUGAAUCAAGUGUUGUGAACUCGGUCCCGACUUCAGGCUCGCAUCAGACCCCCAGCACUUCCGCCGACUCGCCGGCCUCAACUGCUUCUCAGAACCUUUCUACCAUCUCUCAUAAGCACAAGCUUGCCAGACAAGAACUACCUAAGAAGCGCCAGUGUUCUGAUAUCAGAAGGUCCAAAUUUGCCGAGAACCCAUCCACCCUCGACUGUUCUGAUUACUGGCUUCGCUUUGAUAGUGACAACGAGAGUGAUCCUCUUUUUGCUGAAAACCGAGAAAACCGAACCGGCAAGUCUCCAAUCCUAGCUCAACCUCGUCCUAGGUCAAGGAUUGUCGGGAGAUCCGGCGACAAUUUCAAAGUGGCUUAUCCGCCGUCGUCUACUGCCGAUCUAGUCGACGAUAGCGCUCUUGACCACGCGCUGUCGGACGAAGACGACCUCUUCUCUAUGGCCUUGGCCGACCAACUUACUAAGAACGACUCUGCCCCUAUACCGUCUGAAGUACCUCCGCGCGAGAGACUUUAUUCGACGCCGCUAAGCUGGGAACCCCCGCAGCCUGGCUUUCGUAUGGACUACGUAAACGUCAACCCCCCCUUCAACGACCCCGAGCGUCAGAGACUAUUGGCUAUUGCUAUGGGCACGGGGCAAGUCCCACAACCACAAAUAGCUACGAGACAAGCUCCUGGAAUGGAUUUCAGAUUCGAAGUCAAUCAAAGCCCAACUACUAUGAGCGAUAGUAAAAGCAACACACCCGAACCUCGCAUUAAGCCAACCGCAGCACGACCCCACGCACCAACACGUACGAACUCAAUGGAUGCCACUGAGAAGUCAAAGGAGAAGCCCAGGAAUAGUGACCGGGCGGCACAUAACGAUAUCGAACGAAAGUAUCGUACCAAUCUGAAGGACAAGAUCGCCGAACUACGGGAUGCCAUUCCGUCUCUGCGCGCGAUACCUGAAGAUGGAGACGACAAUGACAACGGUGGCGCGUCGAGAACGGCACCUAAAGUAAGCAAGGGCACGGUCUUGACUAAAGCCACUGAAUACAUCCACCAGCUCGAGAGGAGGAAUCGGUCGAUGGCACAGAAGAAUGAAGAACUCGCCCGCCGGCUACAUGCCUUCGAACAGUUGGUUGGCGCCGCACCUGCACCAGGUUGGGCACCCCAGGGAUACGGCGCUACUGUCUUCAAUCCCAGAGCCUUUUCUUGAGGGAUGACGAACUCUACUUUAUACUCCGUUUAUGACUGAAAUAUUUUUCAUCACUCACCACUCAUCCUUCGUAUUAAUCAACUUCGGCGACGAUCCUAACGACGACGAACAAAUAUCCUGCUUAAACAACAAUGCCCGACACUGGCAACCCACCAUGUUAAAUCUGGGCUUGGUAGUCUCAGAAAACCUUUGAAUCUCAUAGCGGAAUGAC